AUGCAUGCAAAGCUCGCAGUUUUGAAUCCGGUUUUUAGCCGAAUCAAAUGGAUUCAACUCUCAAGUCUUUCCAAAUAUUAUGAUUUCUACGGUGUUGGAUACGACAAUGUAUCUCGUGACAAGUACAAGAUCUUGAGGCUCGGAUUCGGCACCAGGUAUGAUAUCAUCAAAGGCGUUGAGAUAUAUGAGUUUGAGUCUAAAGUCUGGAGAAGUGUCAAUGCUACUCUCGAAUGCUCUCCACCGUCGAGAUGUGUGUCUAUGAAUGGAAACAUGUAUUGGAUUGCUCGAAAGACGAAGAUUGCUGACUCCAAAACGGAAACCAUUAUCCAAACCUUGUCAAGUUUCGGAGGAGAUAGGCUUUCUUUGCUACAUCGAGAGAAACAUGCGAAGAAGAUUGAAGUGUGGGUUACAAGCAAGUUGACUGAUGAUGGGACUGUCUCGUGGAGCAAGUACUUUAGUUUAACCCCUGAUCCCCCAAAACUCGGCUCUUGUUUCGAUCCCCGUGACUCAACAACUUUCAUCCUCAAGACCAAGAAGAUCAUGUCAUGGUGCGAGGAGUGGAAUGAUGAAGCUGUUUGCACCAAUUUCUGCGAAAUAGGUGAUGAGGGUGAGAUAGAAAAACUAGGUGAGAUUACAAGGCAACGUAUACGUGGUGAUAGACAUUCUUGGAUUGUGUAUGUUCCAAGUCUUGUUCCGGUUCCAGAAUAA